UGCGGCUCCCCACGGUGUAAGACGAGCACAUCUCACAUGCACAAGACAGCGCGAAAUUGUGGUUACGGAAGACCGACGGGUGCAGAAUUUGUACCGAACACCUCAUCCUGACUGUGUACGACCGUCACGGUGAAUCCUGACCGAAUACUGUAUUUCAUGUUGGAUAUGGCCCAUGAUGUACCCAGCUAACUUCCGAAUGUCCGGAACACCUAUAGCCCUAUUUCCUUCCCUGUAUCUGUAUCUUACUUGUCUUGUAGCUUCCCACCAAUUGGAUAUCGUCGCAGUCAUUCAUAACAACUAUGCAUCCACAGAUAUAGUUCACAGCGAAAGUCAACAGCACAAAGGCGCGGCACCAAACACAGGCGGUUGUUCGUCAGGAAGGCCGCGAAUUAAGAUUGACCGGCUAUGCGGCAGGCGGAGGUCCAGCUGAGACCGAAGGACUUCCUUUCAUUCCCACAAAUGAGCGUCUGGAAGGCAGAGCGAUAUUGAAAUAUCG